CUUCGGCGCGUCUUCAGACAUCGCAUCGUUUCACAACCCUUUGACUCGAGCAGCGCUCCCCACGUUCUUUACCCUCGCUAGCUUUUGCUCUUCUCGACGCUCACUCUUUUGCGUCUUCUUCGUCACUCGUUUGAUCUACUCGCGCAGUCUCUGUCAGAGCCUUUUUGCGACAACGUACAUAUCCACAGCCCGAAAAUCUUUCAAUUGAACAAAUCGGAAUUACCGGCAACUCAUCGCAAUGAAGUUCAGCACUCUCGCCUCCUCUGUCCUGUGCCUGAUGGCCUCCCAGCUUGUCGCUGCGGAAACCGACACCACCAGUACCUCGACGGUGACCAACUAUGUCACCGCGACGCUGGUCCACGUCGACACCGUGACCUCUCCUAGCAGCGUGGCACCUUCGACUUCCUCGGUGUUCGUCACUCCGAGCAGCCACGCCGUCUCGAGCAGCCGGGUCGCCAGCAGCUCUGCCGCCGCCAGCUCCUCUGCGCCUGCCUCUUCGUUCGCCUCCGUCACCGUGACUUCCAGCACCCCCGCCGGCACCUCGGUUGCUGCUGCUACUUCCCCUGCCGUGGGUACUUCUGGAGCCGACGGCAUGGUCGCCAAGAUGCCUGCUAUGCUGGUUGCGGGAUCUAUGGCUCUGAUCCUGGGCGCGCUCUAAGGCAAUUCAGCGCUGCCGGCUUUGUCGCAUACUCUUCACGCGCUGGAACCUUGAGAGGAAUGGUUUCGACCAUGACUCGAUUUAUCAAACAUUUUUAUUCUCUGCUUCGAUCGCCUAUAUUGAUUCUCCACGGGACAUUGUGAUCGACUAUGCUCGGAACAAUGGGCCUAUCUACUACGGAUACUUUCUUGAUUAUACCCCUUAUGAUGUUUCGGAUUUGACGAGUUGAUGGCUUGACUGCUGGUGGAAUACCGCAGUUGGGAUGGACUUUAUUUCUACCUUUUUUUUACUUUUUGACUUCGCUUCGGGGUUCGGCCGUGAUGGAAGCUGUGCAUAGUGUUUGUAUAGGGUCGACCCAAUCAAUUGCGU